AUGUACCUCGUCCUCAGCCUGGAGCAGAAGGAGGAACGGGAUAGCUUCAGUAUAUCGAUAUUGUUAGCGAAAGUGCAGGCACGGCGAACGACUAUCGACGGGUGUCGGUUGUUUAAACGUGUCAGUUCCAUUGUCAACAGGGGUUCGUUUCCCAGGCUGGAGCACUUGGUCGUGCGCAAACAAAGGAGUGUUUUUGUCGCUAACGGCGGGUGGGCGCCGCGAGUGUUGUCCGUGGCGACGAGCGGCCGCGGGCGUCGGGCCGGCCGCGGGUCGAUAUCGCUCGAGAUCUGUCGGCCUACGCGCCCGCCUCGCCGGCCAUUUGCCUACCUCGACGCCUCGGGCUCGUGUGUACAUAACCCGCCACCCACCACCCCGGCCGAUACUCCCCCGCAGAUUACCGCCUACAAAGCAAACUUCAUUGGUCCGGAGUCCGGGCGAGUUUUGAAUCAUUUAGCGCGGUGCGGCCGCGGGGCGCGACUUCCGUCCGGCACGUGCUGGACCACCCCCCGCGCGCCUGUCACACCCCCGCGCCCCGUGCUGCGCGUCUGUCUUGUCGAGACAAAGGGGCGCCAGUGA